AUCAUCUGUUAUGGAUUUUAUCGCAGUCAGUUCAUUGUCCCUAUCCAUCCAUCUUCAUCCCGACCAGCGCCUUCCACCGCCCCUUCGCCGGCGGCAACAGCCAUUUCUCGCGCCAAUAUGAUCACUUACAUCGUUUCUCUCUAGAUCAUCACCCACGUGGCAGUGGCAUGAGCGUGGUGGUGAGGGACUAACGUGCACACUGGAGUAACGUCACCAUGGAUCCUCCAUCUAAGAGCUGGAGCAUCCACACCAGAUCCGAAAUAAUCGCCAAGUACCAAAUCCUGGAGCGCGUUGGCGCCGGAGCUUACGCUGACGUGUACCGCGGCCGACGCCUCUCCGACGAUCUAAUCGUCGCACUCAAAGAAAUCCACGAUUACCAGUCCGCGUUUCGCGAAAUUGAUGCGCUUCAGAUUCUCCAGGGUUCUCCAAACGUCGUCGUUUUGCACGAGUACUUUUGGCGCGAAGAUGAGGACGCUGUGCUCGUGCUCGAGUACCUAAGGACGGAUCUCGCAACCGUUAUUGAUGACGCGAAGAAGAAGAAGAAUGGACUCCCCGUUGGGGAGAUUAAGCGGUGGAUGAUGCAGAUCCUAUGCGGUGUUGACUCGUGUCACCGGAACAUGAUCGUGCAUCGGGAUUUGAAGCCCGGUAAUCUGUUGAUCGGAGAUGAUGGAAUUCUCAAGUUGGCAGAUUUUGGACAGGCAAGGAUACUUGGGGAGCCAGGAUUUGAUACUUCUGAGGAGAACCCACAAACUUAUGAACAUGAUGGUUCUUCACUCCAAGCAGGGUCUGGAAAUCAAGAGCAGGGAACUGUCCUUCGCGAAGAAUAUUUUAGAGUCUUGGAUGAACUGAAAACAAAGAGAUCUGCAGAGGACAUUGAUAAGGAUACAAACAUUCCUGACGGAAAUACCUCCUGUCUUGCAACGUGCACAACAAGUGAUAUAGAUGAUGACCCUUUGAAAUCUAGCUUUAGUUAUGAAGCAAGGGAGGACGAAGGAGAAGAAGCGGGUUGUCUCACGUCGUGCGUCGGAACUCGUUGGUUUAGGGCUCCUGAGCUGCUUUAUGGAUCCACAAACUAUGGUUUAGAAAUUGAUCUAUGGUCUUUGGGAUGUAUAUUUGCAGAGCUCUUAACACUGGAUCCCUUAUUUCCUGGAACAGCCGAUAUCGAUCAGCUUAGUAGGAUUAUUAAUGUUUUGGGCAACCUCGAUGAGAAAGCAUGGCCAGGUUGUUCCAAACUUCCCGAUUAUGGAAUAAUCUCAUUUAGUAAGGUGGAAAACCCUCCUGGGCUUGAAGCUUGCCUGCCCAAUCGCUCCCCCGACGAAGUGGCUCUAGUAAAAAAGCUGGUUUGUUACGAUCCGGCCAAGAGAGCUACAGCAACGGAGCUACUCCAUGACAAGUACUUUAAUGAAGAACCUCUUCCUGUUCCGGUUUCAGAGUUGCAUGUUCCUCUGAACAGAAAGGGAGAAGAUGAAAACUCACCGUGGCAUGAUUACAAUUACAUGGGUUCUGAUUCUGACCUAGAGGACUUUGGCCCUGUGAAUAUCACAAAAACUGGUACUGGUUUCUCCAUACAGUUUCCAUGAACUAAAGAAUUUAUGGUACAUUGUAUUCUUCAGAUUGCCUCUGCCAUACGUGUUGUUCAACUGGUAUUUUAUUUGCUGAAUGUCACCUGGCAAAUCUGUGGUAAGAAACUGAUAUGAAUUUUUUUUACCCCCUAGAUAAUCUCUGCUAGGGAUAUAUUAUUGAAAAGUAAGCAUAAUGGAUUGUUUUACAAAUGUAACCUUACUUUAUGUAUUAGAGAUUUAGAACAUCAAUUAAAGACUGAAUUUCUGUA